AUGCUGGUGUCAAGUGUGUCAUGCUGGUGUCAAGUGUGUCAUGCUGGUGUCAAGUGUGUCAUGCUGGUGUCAAAUGCAUUCUUCUGGGUGGGCACGGAGGGGGAGCAGCCGAGCCCCAGGGGGCACAUGGUCCCCUUCCCCUCGGGGGCGAGUGAUGCAUUCUUCUGGGUGGGCACGGAGGGGGAGCAGCCGAGCCCCAGGGGGCACAUGGUCCCCUUCCCCUCGGGGGCGAGUGGCGAACGCGAGAUGGUGCUGCCGCAGUUCACCGGAGAGAACGUUCUCUUCAGGCUGCCUGAUGGCGUGAAGGUCUCACAGCUGCGCUGGAUUUCGGUCUGGUGUCGACGAUUUACUGUGAACUUUGGUAGUCUGCGUGUCCCCGAAAAUUUGAUCUUACCGAAGAAGCGCAAGCUGAGCGAGCUGUCCCGUCUCGCUCACGGCGUGCGCUCUGGUAACGUCACGCUGCUCGACGCUAAGACGAUCUACAUCCCGAACCUGCAUUACGAUGGUCGAGCGCCUGAUGCCUACUUCUGGGUCGGCAAGGGAACGCCCGACAGAACUGGACGCAAGAUACCUAACGAAAAGAAGAGCUUGAGUGUCAUUGAAGCCUACGAAGGCGUGGACAUCGAGCUCGUCCUGCCCGACAACCUGACCAUCUACGACAUCGACUACCUGGCGCUGUGGUGCGUGCGCUACACGGAGAACUUCGGUGACGUCAAAAUACCGUCCGCUGCUGAACUUUUUUUGCCUCCUGCUCUGGGACAGACGCAAGUCAAGUCCGGGUCAGCGUUGCAGCCAGCGCACGUCAGCCCCAAGGAUCAAUACGACCACCACACCACAGACGAGGUAUUGGCCUCGACACUCACGCCUUCACUAACCACUCACUUCACCAACACGACUGCAACCAAAACCGACCAUUUAAAUGAGACUCUCAGUGUCACUCCGAGUUACGGUGUAACAAAGAGCGAUGAUGUCACGGAGAAGACAUUGUUGAAUGGAAAAGCUAAUGUAACUGCGUCGCGGGGUGACUUCGAGCUGGGGCAUGACGAAAAAUCUACCACAAAGGUGGAUGAAAGUACUGUGACAUCGGUGGGUAGUAAAUCGGUAACGGAAAAAUCCAAGGGUAGUGAGACAGUGACGGUGAAAUUGGACAUUCAAGGAACAGGGGUCGAGAAAACAGUUGGCAAUGAAGUAAAUUCCAAGUCAAAUGGAACUGAAGCAGAAAAAGCGACAUUUAAAAACGAGAAAGUGUCGGGGUGGAAUACGACAGAUCACGAGAAAUCUAUGGAAGGAAAAGUGAAUGUUGAAGAAUCAAAAUCAAAUCUGACUGAUAGUAAUUUCAUUAGUAAUGAACUGGAAGACAAUCGGGCUCAAAAUUCGAAUGGUACUGAUAAAAGUGACGACUUUACCAGUGCGGAAAAGGAAGGGGAGGAGGAUGACGAUAAAAGAAAGUCGUUCCGUAUGCAACGAGGAAUGUUGAUUGAAAAUGCAAAAAAUAUGACGGAAAAUGAUACUAUUGGAACAGUAAAUGUUGGUCCUAAGGAAAAAGUGUUAUCAAGCGACUUUUAUCUAGCGAGUCCAGUCAAAGAGAGUAAUGGGACCUUCCAGUUUGGUUUGGCAGAGGACGUGGAAAAAAUAAGGGCUUUUGAUACGAACGACACAGAAGCCAUGUCAAAGAUGAACACGACUGGGAGCGUUCUCGGGGGCUUCGGAGGAAGGCCUAACCCAAUGCUAACGACCAAUAACUACACUUUUAGGUACGACGCUGAUCCCGAAAUCCGACCAAAAUCAGCGCAUAACGGAAGUGAAAUAACAGAGAUUGUUAUUCGUGAGGGUAAAGAUAGGUACCGGUACUCAGUAGGUAAUGACCACGUAAUUCAACACGUUAUCGACGGUGUACACUUGGAACCUGAAGGGCUGGUUCACAUCGAAAGCAAGAAGCACUGGGGUGCACAUUUCUACGGUCUCCCUGGGCACACGGACCACGAUUCAGAAUUCCAGGAAUCUACAGAGAAAGCAAAUGUAGAAGAAAGUUCCGAGGGUAAUGAAGGAUCAGCGCGGAUGAAACACCAUCCAAAAGACGUGUAUUCAGUUACAGUUCAAUCAUCCAACGUUACUCCGAACGACAACGAAGAGACGACGACUAACAUGAACGAUAUAAAUAUGGAUGAGGAAAAGGAUCAUAGUAAAGAUGAGGAAGGGGAUGAGGAUAAUGAUAAGGAAGUUGUAGAUAAAAAGGAACAACAUCCAAAACAAAAAGCCUCGGUUUCUGGUAAGACGUCCACUUCUGCCGCGGUGCGCGGUUGUGUUCCAGGGGCGAUCAUGGCGUUACUUGUAGCAGCAGUUCACUCUGGCCAUCGGCUGAAUAUUUGAAGAACUUUGCUAUUCAAACUCUGAUGGAAUAUUGUUUUCUGUGCAAUUUGGAGUAACUUUGAAACGUUUAAACGGAUUGCAGUUGUGCAGCUGAAAUCUAAAACCGUGGUGAAAUCUGAUUUCUUUAUUCUAUAUCCCUUCGCCAGCAAAUUUGUGUAGAUAAUUCUCUUCAUGGUUUAAUAUUUGCUGCAAAUUUUACAUAUUAUGCCUAUUUAUUGAACCAGCUACUUCUAAGGACUUAAGACUUGGAAAUUUGGAAAUAAUAUAUCGGUGAAAAACUGUGAACUGCUCACAUUAGCUGCCACAUAUUCUUAAGAUCGUCACUUAAAUCACGAUCCAGGAGAAGAAAUGUGAGAUUGUUUCUUACAUACCUGGGCACUUCUAUGUAAUGACACUUUUUAUUCGUUAGCUAAGCCGAUAUUUUCGGGAAAAUUUCAAGGAAAAGAAAACAUUGUGUCAGGCCACAAGUUUUAAUAAAGCUUUCUCAGUAUAAAUUUCAUAAAAAUUUGUAAGUUAUUUCUUGUCGACGAUGACCGAGACCGUGACUGUCAUUCUAAUGUUUAUCUAAUACUUAUAACCACCGUAGAUAGUGGGCUUAUUCACUCUCUAGCUUUUUAAUUUCAUAGCAGUGUAUUCUUUUUAUGUUGCCUAAUGAAUGCUCAAUCAUGAAUGUAUUUUCGAUUUAUUCAACAAUUUGGACCUUU